AUGAGCUCACAGAGACGUUUUCGUAUUGGUCAAUGGCUUCCUCCCGACAGGAGAAUCAUUGACCAAUGGGUUGCAGGUGUCAUCAAAGAGUGCCAAAGCGGUAAAUACAAAGAAAAGUUAGACAUGCUAAUGGCUCUUCAUCCACCAGCUCACGAUGAAGACAAAGCCCUUGCUGGACUUCCACUUGCAGAUACUAGAGCCAAAUAUACAGAUAAAGAUCUCUGUCUUCACAAACCAGUUGACGAUUUGAAGAAUGCCAUUCUCACCGACCCCGAGAUCAACAUGUUUUUCCAUCAGAUGUUCUGGCAACAGUAUCAUCUCCCUGGUGAUACGUCAGAAGGAACAAAAAUUCCGUCCUGGCAGUUGAUGAUAAUAAUAAUCGACUACAUCAUGACAAUAGCUCCUAAGUUCAACAAGACUGGAUUGGUUGGCUUCCCCAUCAAUGUCAUCUUGAACUGGCCCAUGGCUACCACCGCUGGAUUUGCUGCCUUCCUGAACGACAAGGUCAACAGGUUGUUCAAGAAUAUUCUCAAUUAUUGGGCGGAUUUUCUGUCCAGUCCAGAUUCCUGCUAUGUUUUGAGUGACGAUCCUCGACAUGGUUGGUUUGGUGAGGAUGCAAUGGAAGCAAUGCCAAACUUUGUUGAGGAGUUUAAAUGCGAUCCAGAUGCCCCUCAUUAUGGUUACAAGUCAUGGGAUGAUUUUUUCACCAGAGAGUUUCGCCCUGGAAUUCGCCCAGUAGAAUGUCCUGACGAUGAUUACAUUGUUGCCAACGCCUGUGAGUCGGCGCCUUACCAGAUAGCUACAUGCGUCAAAAAGAGGGACUACUUUUGGAUUAAGAGGCAACUGUACUCCUUAGACUUCAUGCUGAACAUGAAUCACCUGGCCUUGCAAUUUCAUGGCGGGACCGUCUACCAAGCGUUUCUCAGCGCCACCAGCUAUCACCGAUGGCACAGCCCAGUAUCGGGUACCAUCUUCAAGACAGAACUUGUUGAUGGCUCUUACUACUCGCAGACCUAUAACAUUAAGGACGACCCCGCAUCGCCCAACAUGUCUCAAGGAUACCUGGCCCAGGUAGCUGCCCGAGGGAUAAUCUACAUUUUGGCUGAUAAUCCUGAUAUUGGAUUGAUGUGUUUCGUAGCAAUCGGUAUGUCAGAAGUGUCUUCCAACGAUAUCACUGUUAAAGAGGGAGAAAAAGUCAAGAAAGGAGACCAGCUCGGUAUGUUCCACUUUGGUGGUUCCACCCACUGCCUGAUUUUCCGACCUGAAGUGAAAAUUGAGUUUGAUACUCGUGGUCAAACACCAGGUCUGGAUACCGACAAUAUUCCAGUAAGGGCCAAAAUUGCGACUGUUCAUCGCCAAACUGAGAAGAGCGGUGAAUCUGACUAA